ACCAUGAUGAAAGGGCACGAUUCAGAGGAAGUGGAGAUUGACUUGGAGGACUCCAGUGACCCUGAUGAAUAUGAUAAUGGGGAGGAACCUGAGACGCUGUGGAGGGCCCCUCCUGCUCUGGAAGAGGAGGAUAACAUUCAUACAUCUACACUGGUGGAAAUCAGUGACACCAAGCCUCUGAUUAAUGUCAGAGACCCCCGUGGGAUCAAUGACUGUCUAAAGGUAUCGUUUGAGGAUGUGAUUGCAGAGCCGGUGUCAGUGCGCAGUGGAGACAGAGUGUGGAUCUGGAGCAAUGCUCUGUUUGAGGUGUCUCGGAUUUGGAUCUACAGGAUAGUCACAGUGCUUCUGGCCAUUCCCAUUUCAAUAAUCUCUGGUCUCCUCUUUGCCAUCCUCAGCUGCUUCCACAUCUGGAUGGUUGGUCCUUGUAGCAAGUGUAUCCUCAUUGGCACGCGCUGGCUGCAGAGCCUUUGGAGCCUUGUGCUGGAUGUCAUUGUUCGCCCCUUCCUCACGAGUGCCGGGAAGUGCUGUGGAGGCUUCAGCAUUCACAUGGCCAAGGAAUGA